AUGAUUCGACUCUUCCUUCCUUCCUUCCAGCAGCUUGAAAACAAGGAGGAGGAACCACACAAGAGGACGAGAAACUUUCUUUUGGACAAAAUCCUAGACUCGGAGCAACACAUCAGCCUUAGAGGACAUCCUGGAACGAGAAAGUACAUGCAUGAAACAGGAGGAAUAGAAUAAAAGAGAGAUCAGCAUGCUGAACCCUGCUGCUAACGGGGAGUCUGUGCAUGUGCUCUCGAAAUACGUGGAUGAAUAUCUGGACCUGGUGGAGUCUCUGCCUCUGGAUCUACAGAGAUGUGUUUCUCUAAUGAGGGAACUGGAUGCUAAAUAUCAGGAGGUCCUGAGGGAGCUGAACGAUGUUUACGAGAAGCACAGGCUGGAAUCGGAUCCUGUCCAGAGGCGGCGUCUCCUUCAGCACAUCCAGCGCUCCCUGGCUCUAACCCAAGAGCUGGGAGACGAGAAGCUCCAGAUUGCGGGUCAGAUGGUGGAGCUGGUGGAGAAUCGCACCCGUCAGUUCGAGUGGCAAGUGGAGCUUUUCCAGGCACGUCAGAGUUCUCCGGAGAGCACCGUAUCUGUUGGGAGCACUGCUUCGCCUGCGGUGAUGGCGGUAAAUGUGACGCCACUUCCCACGCCAUUGAUGUCUUUAGGGAAAGGCGGGUCAGACAGAAAGCGAGAGGAGACACCAGGGUCGGGCGAUAAGGUGAGCGGGAAACGGGCGCGUAGGCAAAAGAGCGGCUCGGAAAACCGGGACAACUCGAAUUACGGUCUGGAGCACGACGACGAGACUGUAAGUGCCGUCGUCACGCCGAAAGAGAAGAAGCCCAGGACGUCGUCAACGACGAAAAAGAAGAAGAGGUCAAAAUCAAAACAGGAGAGAGAAGCCUCCCCGACCGACCUUCCCAUCGACCCGAACGAGCCCACGUACUGCCUGUGCGAGCAGGUCUCCUACGGAGAGAUGAUCUGUUGCGAUAACGACAAGUGUACCAUCGAGUGGUUCCACUUCUCCUGCGUCGACCUGCACCACAAACCCAAGGGGAAGUGGUACUGCCCCAAGUGCAGAGGGGACAACGAGAAGACUAUGGACAAAACCCUCGAGCGGGCUAAAAAGGAGAGAACCUAUAGUAGAUAGUCUCCCUCUCUCUUACACACACACACACACACACACACACAGUGCCUUAAAUAAUAAAGACAAUUCAUUUUACACUUUGGAGAAGAAAACAAAGGAGCAUUAAAUAAAAACGCCAGCUUAAUUAUUAUCAUUAAUUUAAUUCUGUAACUCUGUACAAUAUAUCUGUCACGUGUCUGUGUGUUUAUUUCAAAAGACAAAAGUUCCUACGUUUCCUUUCCAAGAUAAACGAGCACCGGUUUUAGUUCCAGUAUGUUUGGAAACUAUAGUAAAAACAAAUACAAAAAUAGUGCUCUGAUUCGCACAUUUUCUUACACAUUUCAUACACAUUUCCAUAACUUUCCAUUAAUUUGGUUCUGUUAAGCUGAUUUGCGACAAUGGUCAUUGGUAAAACGCUAUGAAAAAUAAAAUCAAAUGAAAUUAAAAUAAAUAGUUGUUUGAUGUUUAAGAUGUUUUUGCAUUUUUUUCUUUAUCAUCUUCAUGAUAAAGGCAUUGGAGCAUAAUAAGCUUGUUACAUUUUUCUUUUUUUUAACUGCUUAUUAUUGUUUUAAAAAUUCUCAUUAAAGUAAAACGUAGAAAUUCUUGUGCUAGAUAAACACACAAACACACACACACACAGGAGACUGGAGUUCUUCUUUAAGCUGCAUGACUCUCAGAACUCUUAAUAUUCACACGAUAUUACAGUUUAUCAAUAUUUUUUAUUGUAUUUCUCUUUGUCUUAUUCAGUGCCACAGUUUCAAUAAAAUCUGAAUUAUA